AUGAAGUUCUUCUACCCUCUCGCUCUGGCUCUCGCCGCCGUUGUCGCCGCCCAGGAUGACGACUGUGACGCCGCUCCCAUCGUCGAGGCCUGCUUGACCAGUGAAAACGCCAAGGUCAAGGACUGCGACCCCGUCGACUACGACUGCCUGUGUGCCGCCUACCAGGCCGUGGCCACCUGCUACAACAACUGCCCCAAGGACACCCGCGCCGCGCCCGCCCAGCAACAGGUCACCGUCUUCUGCCAGCAGGCCUCGCUCUACGGCUCCGCCGCCCAGGCCAGCAAGACCCAGACCGUCGCCUCUGCCAGCGGCUCCGCCACCAACGGCGUCGCCUCCGCCUCGGCCACGGCGACCGCGACGUCCACCGCCGCCGACGACUCCGCCUCGACCUCGUCCUCCGCAACCGCCACCAGCACCCCCAACAUGGGCGUCGGCCAGCUCGCCCGCAACACCGGCGGCGUCCUCCUCGCCGUUGCCGGUGUCGUUGCUGCCGUCCUGUAA